AUGAGAGCAAAGCAACUGAAACAAGUCUUGACUACAGCGUGGCUUGUCUCCGGAUUUGUUGUGAGCUCAUACAGAUCUUUCUGUUUGCAAAAGCCUGGUCACCGACACGGUUUGGGACGGCUUGCAGCACCAAACAAGGACCCACAAGGAAUCAAGCCAGUCGAGGAGAAUGAACCUCGAGUACUUUUUUCACGCGACGACCUACAGAAGCUGACAAAUGUACAACUGAAGGAAAUAUUGCGAGCGCUCGGCUUGAAGGUGUCAGGGCGAAAAGCAGACCUUGUGGAGCGGCUGGUGGAUCACAAGGCGGAGAUACAAGGAGUGAGAAGUGGCAAACGUGAAAUUCCAAAAGCAAAGGAACCCGCAAUUCUCGAGACGGAUGUCUUCAUCGCUCUGGACAAAACGGUUCAAAAGCUUGAAACUUUAUUGCAAGAGGAGAGGGUUGUUUUUCUACGUGCUGGUGUGGCUAGCGGCAAGUCUACGUUGGCGCAAUAUCUUUGUAGAGAGCAGCCGUCCAAGUAUUUGCAAGUUUGUCCUCCUGCUCCUGGGAAGGAAACCGAUGCAGAAUGUUGGUACAAGGCUUUGUUGCAAGCGGUUUCCCCCGCUGAUGUAGUCAGAGACUUGCAGAUUGCAUUCGAGCUGCUCUCGAAAAAACGAACAGGUCUUGGUGUUUGA